CUCCGCCUCCUCCCCACACUCUCCCUACAAAUACCCACCCGAACCGUCCGUCUCGAGUCACCUCCAAAUCGCUCGAAUCCACUUCGAAUCCAACCCAAAUCUUCAGCCUCCUCGCCGCCGGCUCGCCGUCCUCCUCCUGACCAACCCCGAUGGCCCGCACGAAGCAGACGGCGCGCAAGUCGACGGGAGGCAAGGCUCCCCGCAAGCAGCUGGCGACCAAGGCAGCACGCAAGUCGGCCCCGGCCACGGGUGGCGUGAAGAAGCCGCACCGCUUCCGCCCGGGCACCGUCGCGCUCCGCGAGAUCCGCAAGUACCAGAAGAGCACGGAGCUUCUGAUCCGCAAGCUCCCCUUCCAGCGCCUCGUCCGGGAGAUCGCGCAGGACUUCAAGACCGACCUCCGCUUCCAGUCGUCCGCCGUCGCGGCGCUGCAGGAGGCCGCCGAGGCGUACCUGGUGGGGCUCUUCGAGGACACCAACCUCUGCGCUAUCCAUGCCAAGCGUGUCACCAUCAUGCCCAAGGACAUCCAGCUCGCGCGCCGCAUCAGGGGCGAGAGGGCCUGAGCGAGCUCCUGGUGCCGUCGUCGCCUGUCGACUCGUUCUCCUCCUGAUGUCUGCCUGUAGGAUAUGUGUUUCUCUUGGGUUCUUUUGUGGUGGUGUGUUAGCAUCAGUGUGGUUUAUGCUUGUGCUAGGAGAUUCGCUGGGUAACCUUCUUUAUCUUGCAAUGCUGUUGUAGUGGUUUCUUAUCGUAAUGGAAAUGAGAUGUGCUCUGGAAA